AUGAUGAACAUCCAAACCAAUUCAGCAACAACAACAGCAACAGCAGCAACAACAACAGCAACAGUAAAUCAAUAUGAAAACAAAAUCAAUAACGAUGAUAACUAUUUAGCGAGCAAUCGAUGUAGCGGCCAAGUUGGCAAUUCCCUAGAUCUAGAACCGGUAGAGCUGCAGCAUUACAACAACAACUAUUACUAUUAUUACAAUUACAAUCUAAGCUAUGCCCCGCCGCCCGCAGCCGCCGCCCACGCCUGCCUCCUGGGCGGCCCCAAGUCGCGGCUGCAGCAGCUGAAGCGUCGCACACGUCACGAACUGCAACAGUGGCCGCUGCUCAUGCAGCUGGUGGUGCUGCUCGUCUGGCUGCACGCCAAGUUCUGGCAGAUUGUCCACGAGCAGAUACUGAUGCAACGCCGGCGCUGGCACUGAACGAGGAUGGGGUCAACUGGAGCUGCGGCUGCAGCUAUGUGGACUGAAGGG